CUCAUCUCCGCUCCGCAGUCUUGCUUUCUUUUCUCUCUGACAAGAUAGAGUGAACUCCCUUUCUGAAAAUGGAUAAGUUUCGGAUUAUGGUCCAGUUUUUGCAAGCCAACCAAGAGUCCUUUAUGAAUGGCAUCUGUGGGAUCAUGGCUCUGGCAAGUGCUCAAAUGUAUUCCUCUUUUGAGUUUACAUGCCCUUGUCUUCCAGCCUACAAUUAUGCAUAUUCAAUCGGAAUUCUAAUCGUGCCACCAAUAUGGUUCUUUUUACUUGGAUAUGUACUUAACAACAACAUUUCAGUGUUAACUGAAGAAUGGAAGAGACCGAUGGGCAAGCGCAGAAAAGAUCCAGCGGUUUUGCGCUACAUGUUCAGCUCCAUGACGCAGCGCGCUCUCAUCGCUCCAGUUGUUUGGAUAGCCGUAACUUUAAUGGAUGGCAAGAGCUUUUUGUGCGCUUUCAGUCCCACGGCGGAUUUAUCCGAGUUCCUCAACGAGACUUAUAAAGGCUUAUCAAAAUAUGAGCUUCAGAAAUUACAAGCAACUAUUCCAUGUGAAGACGUAUUCGAUGGGCAUGGUAUUAUCUCCAGAGAUGCGGCCACUAGGUAUAUUCGCUGUUUUUCACAGGCCUGUGGAUGGAUAUUUUUAAUGAUAAUAACUGUAGUCGCCUUCUUGGUAAGAGCAAUAAGACCUUGUUUCAGUCAAGCGGCCUUUCUUAAAACCAAAUAUUGGUCACACUACAUUGAUACAGAGCGCAAACUAUUCGAUGAAAUGUGCAAAGAGCACGCCAAGAGCUUCGCCAAGGUCUGCAUACAGCAAUACUUCGAGAGCAUCAGUGGUGAAAUUGUUCCACAACUCUCCACACCCAUGAAGAAAGGGAAAGGAAAUAAAGAUGAUGAUGGGGAAAAACAGAAGAGCGACGAGGAGAAGCUUCUUGGGAUCCGUAAAGAAGACGACAUGAAUAAAGUCCUGUGGAACUGGCAUACAUGUAAACCCCCACUACUGGUGAAUAAACGUGCUGAAGAUAUGAAUGGACAUGCACUCUUGGAUACUCACAGCUUUUCUGAUGAGCGCCACUCUCAGAAACCUAUGAAGAAAACAGCUGUGGCAUACUACUCCAAAGUCUGACUUAAUGUUUUAGUCUUACAAAUGAAGAAUUGAAUGAAGUACUUUAGCAGUACUCACUGUCAAGAGAGUCCUGUUUUUAUAUAGUCCUAUCUCAUUUAUAUUUAUUGCAUGUAACUUCCUAUUUUAUAUCCCCCAGAGACUUAAGUCGAUCUAUGUUGUUUGUUACCAUAAAUAAAUGAGAACAUAAUUAAUAGGAUAUCAUGGGCUUUGAUACGGUACAUUAAGGUGUUAAAGGUGUGACCAAUAUGAAUAGAGUGAUGAUGACGAUGUUAAUGAUGAAAAUGACACCUUUUUAUCUCCGUCUUACUAAAUUUAAGCUAUUACCUCAUUUAAAUUUGGGAGGCGUUUGUCUAAUCCGUCAGUCACCUCAAGGCCUUUUAGCAGCUGGUUAUUUUUGCUAUCUGGCAAGUUUUGAUGGUUACUAAGUGAUCAAAGUACCACAUCCUAAAUUAUUUUUCUCAUAAAACCAACAGAUAUCGCAUCCUAAACAUUAAAUCUUAUCGGAGAUUGCUUUUGAGGCUUCACUAGAAAAAUCAUUGCUGUUUUUAUAUUUGCAAUUGUAUAACUGGCUUCGUAACUCUUUAAGUUUACACCACCUGGGGCUUCUACCAUGAUGGCUGUUGAACAAACUCAGGGUUACAGGAUUAAUUGACAAAACCAAACCAAUUCAAACAGUCCUUGUUGGUACCAAGACGUUGUUCGUCAACUUUCUCUGUCGACGCAAGCUGUGAAUAUGUUACUUUGCAGCAGACGUGUCACUUUGCUCACAGCUGAUUGGUCCAGUUUUGGUUUGAGAUCUCUUGGUUUGAGAUCAGGUUAGCUGUGGUGCGUACAUCUGUGAUGAACAUCGCUAAAAGCCAAGCCACUUUUGGCACAAAAUAAACUGAAACAUAACUGGCUAAAGCCAACUAAACUGGCUUCAUGAAUCAUGGUAUAGGCCCCUGAUGGUUCUGAGCUCACAUUUUUCAUUUCACGAAAAUAAUUAUUUAGUUAUGUUCUUCAGUUUAAAGAUCAGUAUUUAUUACUAACUAAAAUUACUCACCAAUGAGGGUAUCUUAAAGCUAAGGUUCUCAGCCAGAGGUCACAAAAACUUACAAGACUUAGAUUAAUUAAACAAAUUUAGCUUUAGAAUAAGGUAAAAACAAGUCAAAAUCAAGGUACUUUUUAUUUAA